UUUCUGUUCUUAAGAUAUUUCUACUUUCAUUCUUGGUCCAAACCUCUCCGAAAAUCCCCUUAAUUUUCAUCUCUCUCUGUAUUAUCCUCUCCAAAGAUUCAAACUUUCCAAUGUCACCUUAAAACCCAUCUCCUCAAUUCAAUGACUUCUCUUCUCCCAUCUCCACAACUCAUUUCCACACACCCCUUCACCAAACUCACCUCCCCCCUAAAACCACGUCACCUCUUCUUCCUCAACCACCCUUUUCACCACAAAACCAUUAAAAAACUACUUUUUACACCACCCUUUUACCCCCUCAAUGCAGUCCACACACAAGGACUCUAUGCCCCUUCUUCACCCUCCAAAACUGACAAACUUGACCCUGAAAAUGACCCUAUCUCAACCCUUAACCAACGCAUUCGUCAGGAAUAUGGCAAAAGAAAGGUUUCUAGGAAUGUAAUGGACUCUGAAGAAGCUGAUAAGUAUAUACAAAUGGUCAAGGAACAACAGCAAAGGGGGUUGCAGAAGCUUAAGGGUGAUAGAGAGGGUAAAGAUGGUACCUUUAGUUAUAAGGUAGACCCUUACACACUUCGUUCUGGGGACUAUGUUGUGCAUAAGAAAGUUGGUAUUGGGAGAUUUGUUGGGAUUAAAUUCGAUGUUUCGAAGAAUUCGAUAGAACCUACUGAGUAUGUUUUUAUUGAGUAUGCUGAUGGAAUGGCUAAGCUUCCUGUUAAACAGGCUUCUAAAAUGCUCUAUAGAUAUAGUCUUCCAAAUGAAAACAAAAAGCCUAGGGCAUUGAGCAAGUUGAAUGAUACCAGUGCAUGGGAGAAAAGAAAGACUAAAGGGAAGGUUGCCAUACAGAAGAUGGUUGUUGACUUGAUGGAGCUCUAUCUGCAUAGGCUUAAACAAAGAAGGCCUCCCUAUCCUAUGAGCCCUGUCGUGGCUGAAUUCGCAGCUAAAUUUCCUUAUGAACCUACGCCGGAUCAGAAACAGGCUUUUAUUGAUGUUGAGAAGGAUUUGACGGAGCGAGAAACUCCAAUGGACAGGUUAAUUUGUGGAGAUGUUGGUUUUGGUAAAACUGAGGUUGCGAUGCGUGCCAUCCACUGUGUUGUCGCAGCUAAAAAGCAAGCAAUGGUUCUUGCACCGACAAUAGUUCUAGCAAAACAACAUUUUGAUGUUAUUUCAGAGCGCUUUUCUGUAUAUCCUGAUAUUAAAGUUGGACUGCUAAGCAGGUUUCAGACCAGAUCAGAGAAGGAAGCAUACUUGGAAAUGAUUAAGAAUGGUGACUUGGAUAUUAUUGUUGGAACUCACUCGCUCUUAGGAAACCGCGUUGUUUAUAACAAUCUUGGCCUGCUUGUUGUUGAUGAGGAGCAGAGGUUUGGUGUCAAACAGAAGGAGAGGAUUGCUUCUUUUAAAACUUCUGUGGACGUACUUACUUUAUCUGCAACGCCUAUACCACGGACUCUUUAUUUAGCAUUGACAGGAUUUCGUGAUGCUAGUUUAAUUUCAACUCCACCUCCAGAAAGAGUUCCUAUCAAGACUCAGCUUUCAUCAUUCAGUAAGGACAAAGUAAUUUCAGCCAUCAAGUAUGAGCUGGAUCGUAGUGGCCAAGUUUUUUAUGUUCUGCCACGUAUUAAAGGACUGGAAGAAGCAAUGGAAUUUCUUGAAGAGGCAUUCCCCGAUGUGGAAAUAGCCGUUGCCCAUGGGAAGCAAUUCUCAAAACAAUUAGAGGAUACCAUGGAGAAGUUUACUCUAGGUGAAAUAAAAAUCCUUAUCAGUACAAAUAUAGUUGAAAGUGGGCUUGACAUUCAAAAUGCAAACACCAUCAUCAUUCAGGAUGUUCAACAAUUUGGCCUUGCACAGUUGUACCAGUUGCGAGGAAGGGUUGGGCGGGCAGACAAGGAAGCUUAUGCAUACUUAUUUUAUCCUGACAAGAGUCUGCUAACUGAUCAAGCAUUGGAAAGGCUUGCAGCUCUUGAAGAAUGUCGUGAACUUGGUCAAGGCUUCCAACUAGCUGAGAGAGACAUGGGUAUAAGAGGUUUUGGUACUAUUUUCGGCGAGCAACAAACAGGAGAUGUUGGAAACGUUGGCAUUGAUCUUUUCUUUGAGAUGCUCUUUGAGAGUUUAUCCAAGGUUGAAGAUCACCGUGUUGUUUCAGUUCCUUAUCACUCGGUGCAGGUUGACUUAAACAUCAAUCCUCACCUCUCUUCUGAAUACAUAAAUCAUCUCGAGAACCCUAUGGAAAUAAUAAAUGAAGCUGAGCGAGUUGCUGGGGAAGACAUCUGGAGUUUAAUGCAAUUUACAGAGAACUUCCGCCGCCAAUAUGGCAAAGAACCUCGCCCAAUGGAGCUUAUCUUAAAGAAGCUUUACUUGAGGAGAAUGGCGGCUGAUAUAGGGGUAACCAGAAUUUACUCUUCAGGGAAGACGGUGUUUAUGAAAACAAACAUGAAUAAAAAGGUUUUCAAGAUGAUGACAGAGUCGAUGACAUCGGAUAUAUAUAAAGAUUCAUUGGUUCUUGAGGGUGACCAAAUUAAGGCUGAACUUCUAUUAGAGCUACCAAAAGAACAGCUUCUUAAUUGGAUAUUUAACUGCAUGGCUGAACUUCAUGCUUCACUAGCAGCCCUCAUAAAGUACUAGCUAGGUUCUUUGCCUGUUUGAUUCAACCAACAUGUAAGUUGGAAACUUGAUUCACUGCCUACAUCACAAUUAUAAACAUUAGGCGAAUUUACUAUGUUGAAAGGCUGCAAACUAACCACGGCGGACGCAAAACAAGAUUUGUAUUGCAUGAUCAUCUUUGCAGUGCAGGGCAUCAGAACAAAUUGAGACAAUCAGUCGACACUAGUGACAGUGAUCUUCUUUUUAUCAUGAUAUAAAAUCAGAGCACGGAGCCACAAUAUGGUUAGUUACAAGCUGCAAAAUUGUGCUUCUGGUUUGCAUGCAUUAUACAAAGACAUAGGCAUGAAGAUACAAGAAGGCAAAUGGUUAUUAAUCUGAUUAGCUUCAAUUUUGCACUCUUAAAACAACUUCACUUUCAAGAGCUACAUACAAUGACCUAAAGCUCUCAUCUAGUAAAACUUAGAAUCAAAAUGACUAUAAUUUAUCUUUUGUAUAUGACCACACACAUUCUUUUCCUCAUUUUUGUCGUCGUAAGGUUUCAUUAGUUACCUGAUCUAGAGAAAUUCUGUGUAAAGAUUUGGAGUCACAGUCUAGCUAAUACACUGCUGAAUGGUGCAAUUUUGUUGUAUUAUUAUUAAGAAAUGUCCUAUUGGUUAUAGUUCUUGC